AUGCCGAUUGAGAUCGUGUGUAAAAUCAAAUUUGCCGAGGAGGAUGAGAAGCAGAAGGAGAAAGAAGAAGGGGAUAAGGAGAGCCUGAUCGAGGAGCCCGCCCGGCCCCGCUCCCGGGACCUGGCCACCUUCGCCAGCGCCAGCACGCUGCAUGGCCUGGGACACAUCUGCCGGUCGGGGCGGCUGGGCGUGCGCCAGACCCUCUGGGCAAAAAUGGCCUCGCUCGCCUUCUUCCUCUACCAGGCGGCCAAGUCAGCGCUGCUCUACCUGGAGCACCCCCACGUCAUGGCCCUGGACGAGGAGGCCAUCCGCGAGAUGGUCUUCCCCGCCAUCACCAUUUGCAACAUCAACCGCUACCGCCACUCGGCGCUCACCGACGCUGACAUCUUCCACUUGGCCAACAUGACCGGGCUGCCCCCCAAGGACCGGGAUGGCCACAAGGCCACGGACCUGCUCUAUCCUGACCCUGACAUGGCCGACAUUGUUAACCGCACCGGCCACCAGCUUGACGACAUGCUCAAGAGCUGCAACUUUAGCGGCGAGAACUGCUCGUCCCGUGAUUUCACUGUG